AUGUCGAACCUCCUCGGCCGCCUCCGGCCCAGCCACGACUCGACUGCUACGGAUAACCCGACAACCUUCUCCGGCGCCACGCCCCGCGCGAGCACAAACGACCCCAGCGGCCUCGACCAGACGACCAGUAACACGACGGUGGUGCGUGAGAAGCCGUUACGAAGGGACUUGGAGGCCGCCGAGGAGGAGGAGGAGUAUGAGGGGUGGGUGGACCCGUAUGGGCCGGCGCCGACGGUGCUGCAGUGGUUUAAGUGGUAUUGGCAUGAUCUGCUUGCGUUUAUAAUCUUGGGCGCGAUUGCGCUGUGGUUGUUGAUGUGGAGUCCGGUCCCGUACCGGAAGCUAUUCGCAGUAUCGUAUAAUCCCGAGUCUGGGCUCACGCCAAGCUCCACCGUGAUCUACCCCUCCUUCGCGCACCCGAAGCAGUCCCAAAUCAUGCCCAUCAUCCCCGACGCCAUGAUCGCCAUCUUCGUCCCCUUCAUCUCCAUCUGGCUCAUCAACUUCUUCGGCAUCGGCACCCACGGCCCCAGCGGCCGCCGCCUGAAGACCCGCGGCCACGGCACCUUUCUCCUCGGCCGCGGCUCCUUCUGGAACGUUAAUAACGGCUGCUGGGGCGUCAUAUACGCCGUCAUGACGGGCGCAACACUCCAGAUCGUCAUCAAGCUCGUCAUUGGCGGCCUGCGCCCCCACUUCCUCACCGUGUGCGAUCCGCAGAUUGAGGGUGUCGAGGGACAGGGCUACGGCGGCCUGUACUUCGAUGUCACGGUGUGCCGCGACUUUGAGAACCGAAAGGACCUCAUCGCGAACGCGAUGCAGAGCUUUCCCAGCGGCCACAGUAUCGCGGCGUGGGCGGGCCUCUUCUAUGUCAGCCUCUACUACAACGCGCACCUCAAGAUCUUUGCAAACUACCACCCCUCGUUCCUCAAACUCCUCCUCUUCGUCGCACCCAUGCUCGCCGCAACACUCAUCGUCGGCAGCCUGACGCUCGACAUGAGCCACAACUGGUACGACAUCGUCGCCGGCUCGGCGAUCGGCGUGGUGAUGGCCAUCCUGGCGUAUCGCAUGUGCUUUGCGUCCGUGUGGGACUGGCGCUGCAACCAUAUCCCGCUGCCGCGGAAUCGCGAGCUGGGCGGGUUCGGGUAUGGCGUGCGCGAGAUAGAGAUGUGGAGUGGCGGCGCGGCGACGAGGAAGGGCGGGUGGGGCGUGGCCGAGAGGUAUUCGCAUAGGAGUUGGGGCGCGCCGGGGGAUUUGGCUGCGGUGGGUGCGGGUGUGGGUACGGGUUCGAAUGGGUUGAAUGGCGGGAAUGGGAGACAUCAUGGACAUGGGCACUCGGAGAGAGGGCAUCGCGGCGGGGAGACGUAUAUGCAUGCGCCUUCGGCGGGCGCGGGCGCGGGUGAUGGGAGGGCGCUGUAUAAUCGGUAG